UGUAGGACGGAGUCCCGUCCCGAACAUCAGCGCAAAGCUAAAGGAUCUAAACUAGCGGGCGUGUGUGCCUACACUCUCUUUCUGUUUCUGUCUCUAUCACACACGCCCAGGAGGAUGAACGAACCAUUUCAUGAAGAGGAUAUAUUGCACUUCAUUUGACUUUUUAAACUUUGUGGGUGUUUUCUGUGCGAUAGUGUUAGCCUAAUGUGAUGGUAACGUGGCUCGUCAGCACUGGAGGAUUUCGGGAACUUUUUUUUACUCUCAAACAUUUAGCAAAUACAUUGUUAUUUAACCAACAGCUGUCCUGGAUUUUUAUAGCAGUAGAUUUAUUUUCAAAGGCAUUUAAGUUGUCAGAUAAGAGACGAUUCACAGGUUAAGCAUCUUGCUGAUGUAUUUACGAUCGGUUUACUGUACCGUAUAAUACCUUAAAAUUAAUCGUCAAACGUAUUGUUCUACUUAUAAUUAUAUAAGUAGUGUAAUAGCACAACUACUCCUUUAAUCCGUUAUUUUUCUAUUAAAUACGGUUAAAUUCGGGAAGACACAGGGACUGCCCAGAACCAGUCAUCUGUGGUGUUUUGCAUUAUAAAUGUCGACAAAUUUUCCGUGUGACGUUUGUUAAAAGUCCUUGUUUGCGCGCGUGGCAGAUUUAAAUCCUUUAAAUCGCAUUAUCUUUCGUUGUCUUGCUGGUUGAAGGCAGAUUUACGACCCUCUGUUCACCAUUCUUGUGUGUGACCCACCGCACCAAGUUUCAUUUUUGCGUGUUUGUGAAAGUGUUUUGUUGGUCAACACUAGGCGGGAAGUGUCGUUAGUGUCUCGGGAUGCGGAAGGGAAAGGUGUCGAGUCUUGGGUAAACAUGUUUAAGGUUUUACAGUAGUAACUGUGACGGUGAUCAUGUCGUCUGUGGAGGAGGGUGUUUUCUCCUGGGUGGAUAACUGGCAGUGGCUCUGUAUGGUCACUUUGUUUCUGGCCUCUGUUGUCACUUUGAUUAUAUACUUGGUGCAGUAUUUUUCCAUCGGACGUUCUGUGAAGAGGACAUCAAGUCAUGUGGAUUUUGAGGAAGCUGAUGGGAUUUUAUCUUGGGUCUUGUCACUGAAAAGCUGGAAGGGACAAUGGAGAAAAGCCUGGUUUAGAAGCCUCAAUGAAGAAGCUAGGUCAUCACAGAGCGGGAUUCAGUUGACCUUUGAAGAGGAUGAUGUCCAGUCAUCCGAACUGGCCAUCGGCCAAAUUUCAAGCUUUACAAAAACACGCGGUCAAAAGAAUGUCCGAUGUCAUGUGGCUGGAAACAAGUUGCAGUUUUCUCUGACUGCUUUACCAAGCUCAACAUCUUCAGAAGUGCCCCUGAGAUACAAUGUGACAAUAUCUCCACUUCGUCUGCAGCUGGCCCUACAGAUGAAGGAGGUGAAUGGGGAGGUAGAGAUUUCCUGGGGGCUCCAAAACUUGGACUCUGUAGAUGUGCAGCUCACCCCAAGUUUAACCCAGGGAAAUUAUGGGUGUCUAAGUGAAGCCGCAGUGAAGAACAAGCUGACACAGGUCUUGUGUGCAACUUGUCCAUCAGUUACUCUAAGCAGCAAGCAUGCAGAAGUCAAGCAGGAAGUAAGGAACAAGACCUCACAGGUGACCUCACCCCCGAAGCCCCCACGAGCCCAUGAAUGGAAACUGUUAGUGAAGAACAUCCAGGUCACAUGUAAACAGGAGGAUGGUGCCGCAGGCGGCAUAAAUCCUCAGUGUCUUCUCCAAUUGGACGAUCCUCCUCAAAAUUUCACCACUGAAGUCUUGACUAACACUUCCAAUCCGGCAUGGGACCAGCCCUUCAUAUUUGAGCUUAGCGGCCGCUCAAAGGAGCUGAACAUCCAGGUCGUGGAUAACAGCAAACCUCGAGAGAGUGGAUUGUUGGGACAGGUAUCUGUGCCUUUUGAUCUGGUAAAGAAACAUCCCAAAGGUCAACAGACCUUUUCACUCAUGACCAAAGAUCAAGUGACCGGCUCACUAACUACUGAGUUUACAUACCUGGAGCCCAGCGAGGUGCGUAGCUGGCAGCCACCCACGCCGGCCCCGGCUAAGAGAGUGGAGAUGGACCGCACUGUGAUGCCCUGUGGCACCGUUGUUACCACGGUCACUGCUGUGAGAAGCAAACCGGGGCGACCUUUACCACCUGUUACAGAAUCCAAAUCUCCCUUAAAAAGCAAGCUGGCAGAGAGAAGGGUGUCAGAGCAGACUUCACUACUUGGAGCCAAAGUUAGCAAAGCCCUGUCAUCUUCUGAUACAGAGUUAUUGAUGCUAAAUGGAAGUGACCCCGUUGCUGAAGCUGCCAUCAGACAGCUACACGAGUCGGCCAAACAGAAGCUCAAAUCUCCCGUCAAGAAAAGUACCAUUAUCAUCUCUGGAGUGACUAAGACCCCUGUAACACCGGAUGAUGAGAUGGUUAUGAUGGCAGGAUAUGCAGCUGCAAUGGAUGCCUCCAUGUCUGGAGCUUCUGAGGUCUUCAGCAGUGAAACGGUUCCCUCGGAUGCAGCAGCAGAACCCAGCGUUCUCGAACAUCCAGAAUCCGUGGUGGGCACAAACGGCACGGACCACGUGGAGGACUGGGAGAGCCAGACCGGAGAAUACCCAGAUGCGGACAAAACCUCUCUCUCCUACUGUCCAUCGGAAACGGGUUCCAAAAAAGGAAAAGGCAGCUUCUUGCACAAGAGUGCCAAGCUAUUCUUCAGACGGCGACAUCAGCGGAAGGAGCCAGGCAUGAGUCAGUCCCACAAUGACCUGCAGUACCUGGAGAACCCCGAGACGGCCAUGGUGGGCGACAGGGAGACGAGAACGGCCACGUUCAGACGCAUUAUCAACCGCAAGCUUCUGCCCAAGAGCAAGAGCAAACCCAAUGGCACCAUGAGAGAACCCAAUACGUGAGCUCGGCUCAGGCACGGUGUAGAUGCAGACGCACCUACACGUUCUUCUGCUCCUAAACUAACAGCUUACCUCAUUUCCUUAAUCUCUUUGUCCGUGCUCAUUUCCAUAAUGAUCCUGGUCGCAUCUGCCAAAACCCCUGCGUGCCAACAAUCACCCUCUCAUUGCCCGAUGACCCAGAAAAUACUUUCUUUCUUCCUACCAACAUUCCUUUUCUCCAGAAUUCACAGAAUUUUGAUAUUCAGACCCCUGGAUCAACUCAAUGAACUUAGUCAAUUUCAAGCUGUGCUAGAUGUCUCUUUGCAAAGAAAGGGAAAAAGAUAUUGUUUUGCUUGUCAAUCAAACUGUACGCUUUAUCUUUGAACUAACUAUUGUGUGUGUAUAUGCAAGAAAGUAUACAGAACUGCGUCCGAUUAUGCACUGACUGUUCUGUCAUCGCUCAAAUAGACUCAUUUAACCUUAUGCAAACUGUGAUCGCCAUGCAAAAGAUACUUUGCUUCUGUGGCCUUCUAACCAAAGCGGGAUAUAAGGACAACGCUCCUUUGCAUUCUGCCUACUUUUAAGCUUUUUCGAGACCAGUGAGAUACCAGUUAUUUGUUUGCACUUCUUCAAAUGCUCAGAAUUCAUUUGCACUGUGCAGUGAAUUCAGAUUGAUGAUAGAAAUCUAUUUCUGAAUUAGCUAGCCUUGACGUGAACUGAAUCUGAGAUGUUGAACUCUGUCAAAGGAAGAGAAGUCUGUUUAACUGUUUUCAUAACAUUAUUUGACCAAUUUUUGACUUUGCAUACAGAAGUCACCUUUUAUUUUCCAGUAGCUUUAAUAGCCGUCUUUAAGUGUGUGAAUUUUUAAAAGGUUUUGAAAUGGCUGUUCUUGGAUAUUUUUUUUUUUUUUUGUUUGGUUCCCUGUUUACCUUUUAUUUUUUAUCUGCAACAGCAAUAUACAUUAUUUGGUUUUUUUUUUUUUUUUAGGUAUUUUUCCUUUUAAUUCAAUUAUUUUGAUAAACAUGAUUUUUUUUGUCAUUUCACAACUGUGACAAAAUUACAAGUUUUGUGAAUUUUACCAAAGGAUCUUUAACACUAAGUUUAUAUUUUCAUACAGAAAGAUCAGCUGGUGUCUCUUGACACCUUAGCUGUUAUUUUCCCAGAUUGCUUAUUAUGUUUAGUAAUGUUGGAAGUGAAUGCAAACCGGUUUAAAUACUGGGCCUCAACCAACUGUAGUUGAGCCUCUGCCAAGAACUGCAGUGGUUUGGGAGUUUUAUAACAAACUCUGCUGGACAUUUACUUGAACCUAAGUCACGCGUGUAAAAGAAACAUGAAUGCCUGUUCAACCUGAAUGUGUCGCAGUCUGGCCGUUCAUUCCGUGUUGUGGAAGGACUACAAUUUGUUUGGUGAAGUUUUAAAAAUGUGUUUAUGUUGCGUUCAUGUUGUUUUUGUGUGUUGCCAUGUAUAGCCCGAAGACUGUAUUUCUUAAAGGAGCAAUGUGGGAUUUUUAGGAGGAUCUCUUGACAGAAAUGCAAUAUAAUGUACAUAACUAUAUUAUCAGUGGUGUAAAAAAUGUUGUUUUAUUACUUUAGAAUGAUCCAUUUUUAUUUAAAUACACCGCAGGUCCCCUUACAUGGAAGUUGCUGCCACGUUUCUACAGGAGCCCUAAGCGGACAAACUGUUUUUCAGGGCGCAUUUUGUCCCUAUUUUGUGUCCGACGACCAUAGAUAUUAUAUACGUAGACGCCUCAUAACGUGCUGCAACGUAAUACAGCGUCGCCGCCAUAUUGGUUGGGUCUCUGAACGCUAGCACCAGAGUCAAUGGAGAGAAAACAACUAUGCCUGUAUUUUGUGCAGCUUACGGUUGGUUAUUUUACCAUUUAUAAUAUUAUGUCAUUGUUACUAACGUUACUUACGUGUAACCAAACUGUUUGAAAAUCCAGUAAAUAAAGGGAGUAAUGAUUAUUGUAGUUGGGGAUACACUUUCCUUAAUAGAAAUAAAUGCAGGUGGGAUGCAUUGGGGACCCAUCCAAUAUGGCGGCGUCAGUCUAUGAGGCAUCUAUGCAUAUUAUGUCUAUGCAGACGACAUGUUUGUCCUUUGGCAGCUUCUGUAUCUUUUCUUUGCGUUUUGAAAUUGAGGUUGGUUGAAAUUCACAAUCUCGCCUCUAAAAAACCCACACUGGACCUUUAAGUGAAACCUAAGGUCCUAAACGGGAAAAUGACCUAAAACGGGACAAUUUUAAUCUUGCUUAAAUGGCUAUCUAGAGUUUUUUUUCCAGCCAUUAAAUAAAAUCUAACAAAUCAAUCCUCUGUAUAUGCAUAUCACUAAACGUAUACAUUGAGGUAUGUUAUCUUUACUCAAUUAUACACAUUACCUGGAUUAUUAACGUGUGUGUUUGGCAUGUACAGCAGCAACACAUUGCUGGUGUUUUGUGUUUGCUAUGCAGUUGUUAAAUAAAAACCUUGGAGGCCUGUCCAUAAUGAAUGUCAACCUGUGCAAUGCAGGUAUUAUCUUAACAUAUCUUGAUUGGUUGGAGCAAUAAAUACUGACUGAACACUCA